CCCCUCCCUCUGUGCUGGGCUCAGCGGGGAGGCAGUAAAGUUGAGAGCUGCUAUCGGGAAGUUCCGUAGCAUGGCGGAGCUCAGACAACACGGAGGGACGGAGGGUGAACGGCUGCUUUGAGCCGAGCUGCGGGUAUGGCCCGCUGGAUCCCCACCAAGAGGGAGAAAUACGGGGUCGCAAUCUACAAUUACGAUGCUGCCCAAGAUGUGGAGCUCUCCCUGCAGGUCGGUGACACCGUUCACAUUUUGGAGAUGUAUGAAGGCUGGUACCGAGGAUACACACUCCGCAAUAAAUCAAAGAAGGGUAUUUUCCCAGAAACAUACAUCCACUUAAAAGAGGCAACUGUGAAGGACCGGGGACAACAUGAAACAGUGAUUCCGGGUGAAUUGCCACUUGGGCAAGAACUUACAUCCACCCUGAGGGAAUGGGCAGUUAUCUGGCACAAAUUAUAUGUGGAUAACAAAACAACACAGUUUCGUCAUGUCCAGCAAUUGACUUACAGCCUGAUAGAGUGGAGAUCACAGAUACUAUCUGGGACUCUUCCCAAAGAUGAACUGGCUGAACUCAAGAAGAAAGUCACUGCGAAAAUUGACUAUGGCAACAGGAUCCUGGGUUUGGACCUGGUUGUACGAGAUGACAAUGGGAACAUCUUGGACCCAGAUGAAACCAGCACAAUCUCCCUUUUCAAAGCCCAUGAAACUGCAUCCAAAAGGAUUGAUGAAAGAAUCCAGGAAGAAAAGUCUCUGCAACAGAAUUUGGAACUCCGAGGGCAGCCAAUAUUUAACACAACACACACAUACAGCCUCUAUGUAAACUUCAAGAAUUUCGUCUGUAACAUUGGAGAAGAUGCAGAGCUGCUAAUGAGCCUCUAUGACCCUGAUCUCUCCAAAUUCAUCAGUGAAAAUUACCUUGUUCGUUGGGGCAGUAAUGGGAUGCCCAAGGAAAUUGAGAAGCUAAAUAACCUUCAAGCAGUCUUUACUGAUUUAAGCAGUUCGGAUUUGAUCAGGCCAAAAAUCAGCUUGGUGUGUCAGAUUGUGAGAGUGGGGCAUAUGGAGCUGAAAGAUGGGAAGAAACACACGUGUGGGCUCCGGAGACCUUUUGGUGUGGCAGUGAUGGACAUAACAGAUAUCAUACAUGGGAAGGUGGAUGAUGAGGAAAAGCAACAUUUUAUUCCAUUUCAGCAGAUUGCCAUGGAAACAUACAUCAGACAGCGACAGCUAAUUAUGUCCCCGCUGAUAACUUCCCAUGUGAUUGGAGAAAAUGAGCCCCUCACUUCUGUCUUCAACAAAGUCAUCGCUGCAAAGGAAGUGAAUCAUAAAGGCCAAGGUCUUUGGGUCUCCCUGAAGCUGCUCCCUGGUGACCUAGCGCAGGUUCAGAAGGAUUUUUCCCACCUUGUAGACAGAUCGACUGCUGUGGCUCGCAAAAUGGGAUUCCCUGAGAUAAUUCUUCCUGGUGAUGUUCGAAAUGAUAUCUACGUCACCCUGAUACAAGGGGAGUUUGACAAAGGGAAGAAGAAGACUCCUAAGAAUGUAGAAGUCACCAUGUCUGUACACGAUGAAGAUGGCAAUCUCCAAGAGAAAGCUAUCCAUCCUGGUGCUGGUUAUGAAGGUGUCUCUGAGUAUAAGUCUGUUGUUUAUUAUCAAGUCAAGCAACCAUACUGGUAUGAAACUGUAAAGGUGUCCAUUGCAAUAGAGGAAGUCAGUCGUUGCCAUUUAAGGUUCACCUUUCGUCAUCGGUCAUCACAGGAAUCUAGGGAUAAGUCUGAGAGGGCUUUUGGCAUGGCCUUUGUGAAACUGAUGAAUGCAGAUGGAACAACACUACAGGAUGGCAAACACAACUUGAUUAUUUACAAGGGUGAUAACAAGAAAAUGGAAGAUGCAAAAAGCUAUUUAACUCUUCCUUAUACAAAAGUGGAAAUGGAGGAGAAGGAGACCUCCUCAGGGAAAAGCCUGCACCAUCUAGCCAACUUUACACCCAACAAAGACAGUACGAAAGACAGCUUCCAGAUUGCCACUUUAAUCUGCUCUACCAAACUCACCCAGAAUGUUGACCUGCUGGGUUUGUUGAACUGGCGUUCCAACUCUCAGAACAUUGCCCACAACUUGAGGAAGUUAAUGGAGGUGGAAGGAGGAGAAAUUGUGAAGUUUUUGCAAGACACUCUCGAUGCACUUUUCAACAUAAUGAUGGAAAUGUCAGAAAAUGAAACCUAUGACUUCCUUGUGUUUGAUGCACUGGUAUUUAUUAUUUCUUUGAUCGGAGACAUCAAGUUCCAGCACUUCAACCCUGUACUUGAAACUUACAUUUACAAACACUUCAGUGCAACUCUGGCAUACGUGAAACUCACUAAAGUGCUGAACUGUUACGUGGGAAAUGCUGAUGACUCCAGCAAGACAGAAUUGCUGUUUGCUGCUCUGAAAGCUUUGAAAUACCUCUUCAGAUUCAUCGUUCAGUCAAGAAUAUUGUACCUGAGGUUUUAUGGGAAAAGUGAAGAUGGUGAUGAAUUUAAUGAUGCAAUACGCAAGCUGUUCUUCUCCUUCAAUGUCCUCAUGGACCGUCCUUUAGAAGAGGCCGUCAAGAUUAAGGGUGCAGCUUUAAAGUAUUUGCCGAGCAUCAUAAACGAUGUCAAACUAGUCUUUGACCCUGUUCAACUCAGUAACCUCUUCGGCAACUUCAUCCAAAGUAUUCCUGACAACCAAUUGGUUCGACAGAAGCUGAAUUGCAUGACCAAGAUUGUUGAGAGCGAUCUGUUUAAGCAGCCUGAAUGCAGAGAUGCUAUUCUCCCUCUGCUGAUUGACCAGCUGAGCGGCCAAUUGGAUGACAACUCAAACAAACCUGACCAUGAGGCCAGCUCACAGCUACUGAGCAGCAUACUGGAAGUGCUGGAUAGGAAAGAUGUGGGGCCCACGGCCAACCACAUCCAGCAGAUCAUGGAACGCCUGCUGAGGAGAAUAAACCGCACGGUGAUAGGAAUGAGCAGACAGUCUCCACACAUUGGUAUUUUUGUGGCCUGCAUGACAGCCAUCCUGAGGCAGAUGAAUGACUACCAUUACAACCAUUACAUAAAUACUUUCAAAACCAGGCAGGACAUUAUUGACUUCCUGAUGGAAACAUUCAUCAUGUUCAAGGAUCUCAUUGGAAAGAAUGUCUACCCUUCUGACUGGAUGGUCAUGAAUAUGAUGCAGAGCAGGGUUUUCCUCCGGGCAGUGAAUCAAUUUACCUCCGUGCUCAACCGCUUCUUCCUGGAUCAAACAAGUUUUGAACUCCAGCUCUGGAAUAACUAUUUCCAUUUGGCAGUGGCCUUUCUCACUCACGAAUCCCUCCAGCUGGAGACCUUCUCACAAGCCAAGCGCAGCAAAAUUAUCAAGAAGUAUGGGGACAUGAGGAAGGAAAUUGGCUUCAAAAUAAGGGAUAUGUGGUAUAAUCUGGGUCCCCACAAAAUAAAGUUUAUUCCAGCAAUGGUAGGGCCAAUCCUGGAGGUAACUUUGGUCCCAGAGCCUGAGCUACGGAAAGCUACUAUUCCCAUCUUCUUUGAUAUGAUGCAGUGCGAGUACAACUUCAGUGGGAACAGAAACUUUCAUAUGUUUGAAAACGAGUUAAUAACCAGACUGGACCAGGAAGUUGAGGGCGGCCGAGGGGAUGAACAGUACAAGAUUUUGCUGGAGAAACUCCUGUUGGAGCACUGUCGGAAGCAUAAAUAUCUGUCUGCUUCUGGGGAGAAGUUUGCUUGGCUGGUUAGCAGCUUGCUGGAGAACCUGCUGGACUACAGAACAAUCAUGCACGAUGAAAGCAAGGAGAACCGCAUGAGCUGCACUGUCAAUGUGCUGAAUUUUUACAAAGAGAAGAAACGAGAGGACAUUUAUAUCAGAUACCUGUAUAAACUCCGGGACCUGCACACAGACUGUGAGAACUUCACCGAGGCUGCAUAUACUCUCCUUCUCCAUGCAGAGCUGCUCCAGUGGUCUGAGAAGCCAUGCGUCCCUCAUCUGCUGCAGAGGGACAGCUACUAUGUCUACUCACAACAGGAGCUCAAGGAGAAGCUCUACCAAGAAAUUAUCUCCUUCUUCGACAGGGGCAAAAUGUGGGAAAAAGCCAUUCAGCUAAGCAAAGAGUUGGCUGACAUGUAUGAAAACAAGGUUUUCGAUUACGAGGGACUCAGUAACGUCUUGAAAAAACGAGCGACUUUUUAUGAAAACAUUAUGAAAGCAAUGAGACCUCAACCAGAGUACUUUGCAGUUGGAUACUACGGUCAGGGUUUCCCUUCUUUCCUCCGGAACAAGAUUUUUAUCUACCGUGGCAAGGAGUAUGAACGAAGGGAAGACUUCAACCUGAAGCUCCUCACCCAGUUUCCUAGUGCUGAGAAGAUGACCAGCACUGCCCCUCCAGGAGAGGAGAUCAAAUCUUCUCCUAAACAGUAUGUUCAGUGCUUUAUAGUGAAGCCUGUGAUGAACCUGCCACCUAAUUACAAAGACAAACCUGUUCCUGAGCAGAUCUUAAACUACUACAGAGCAAAUGAGGUACAACAGUUCACACACUCACGACCAUUCAGAAAAGGGGAAAAGGAUCCAGAAAAUGAAUUUGCUACUAUGUGGAUAGAAAGGACAACCUACACGACAGCGUAUUCAUUUCCAGGCAUCCUCAAGUGGUUUGAAGUCAGACAGAUUUCAACGGAAGAGAUCAGCCCAUUGGAGAACGCCAUAGAAACGAUGGAGCUCACCAAUGAGAAAAUAAGCAACAUUGUCCAACAGCAUGUCUGGGACCGGAGCCUUCCUGUGCAUCCCCUCUCCAUGCUCCUCAAUGGGAUUGUGGACCCGGCGGUCAUGGGGGGAUACACCAACUAUGAAAAGGCCUUUUUCACAGAGAAAUAUCUUCAAGAGCAUCCUGAAGAUCAAGAUAAAAUUGAACUGCUCAAGCAACUGAUUGCUCUACAGAUGCCAUUGUUAGCAGAGGGAAUAAGAAUCCAUGGUGAGAAGCUGACGGAGCAGCUGAAGCCUCUGCAUGACAGACUGACAGCCUGCUUCCGAGAGCUGAAGAAGAAGGUGGAGAAGCAAUACGGUGUAAUAACUUUGCCUCCCUCUCUGACUGAAAGGAAACCAAGCAGGUCAGGCUCUGUCGUGUUGCCCUACAUCAUGUCUUCCACGCUGAGACGGCUCUCAGUCACAUCUGUGGCCUCUUCUGUGGUCUCUACGUCUUCCACAUCAUCUGAUAGCACUUCCUCUAGGCCAGGUUCAGAUGGGUCUAUUCUGGAGCCUCUCUUGGAGAGAAGAAUAUCAACAGCUUCCAGAGCUGAGGAAUUGCCCAUGAAAGAAGAUGGUGAUAACAGGAUUUGCAAACUGAAGCGGAAGGAGUGGAGUAUCAGCAAGUCUCAGGUUAUUGUGGAGAAGGAGCCAGAAAUGGAGCUGACUUCCAAUAUGCAGAGCACGUCAGGAAAAGCUCAAAGGCCAAAGAGUCUUCAGUUAGGAGACAACAGGCUGACUUUGCUUCAGAGUUCUUCUCUCCAGCAGUCAACACCUCUGAGCCCACCACCCAUAACUCCCAAAACACCAAGGACCCACAGUUUUCCCUCAUUGCAGUCGGAUGGAUUGCCAGCUGCUAGCCUGCAGAGCACACCACCCCCACCUCCACCCAAGAGCAAACCCUAUGAGAAUAGCAACCCGAGGAACUCUGCGGAGGUUGCUCCACCACUACCAAGCAGACGUGAAUCCAAACCUCCCCCUCCACCACCAAAAACCAGAAAAUCCAGUGUCCUCUCUUCAGAGCAAGGAUUGCAGUGAGGAUUAUUACUUGCUUAUCUAACAGCAAGUACCUAGAGAGAGAUGGCUGCUUUCUCUUCACUGACUUGCUUGGGGUUUUCUACCCUAAAGACUAUAGUGAUCUCAGUUGCCAUUCCAUUCACUUCCAUUGAAGUUGUCCCUGGGAAACAGCAAAAGGAACUCUUAUGUAACUAUAUUCCCAACCUCUGGUUUAUCUUUCCAAUAAUGAGACACUAAUCACAGAAGGAAAGAAGUCAGCCUACUGGAAUUCUUACCUUACUCUUAUCUAUCCUGAAUUUUUUUCACUGAUGCAAUUUCAGCAGCUCGUUCCUAGUGUCAAACUAUCACAGUAGUGAUCUGAAACCACUGCUUAACCGAGGUAUGAGAUGGGUUCUGCAGUAUUUUUCACAUGGGUCCAUUACAGCUUUAUGCUAAAGCACAAAUCCCUCCUUCUGUCACUGUAGUCAAGCCCUGAUUUGCAUGAAGUGAGACGGAUCACAGCCAUGCAAUGUCAGGUGUCGGUGUGUGAUGUUUGGUCUCCUAAGAUUCGUGAUUGCAGGCAGAGACCUGAGCAUUGUUAGCAGGAUAAGAGGCCUCUUUUCUGCUACUCAUCAUAUAUAUUUAAGAUGAAGCGCAGACAUUCUGCCUUGCAUCGUCUCUGCUCAAGUAGUGGCAGUUGCUCACUCCCAAUGGAGAGUUUAGGUUUGCCAGUACUUAAUCAUAGUUUCACUGUUGAUUCUGGUUUUAACACUACGGAGCAGUUGAUAUCCCUUCCUUUGUUGUGUUGCUACUUUGUGCUUUUCGAAUAGGCUGUUAAAGUGACUUUUCUGCUGUGAAUGUCUCAGAAUGGCUAGAGGUUGUGUUGAUACCAGCACUGUAUUGAUACCAGCAACUUGGGGAGGAUGGAUUGUGUACUGUAACACUUACAUUGGCUGGCCAGAUCAUCACAAAUAGAAAUAAACAUCAUCCUCCUUCCCUCCCCUCCCCAUUUAGGGCAGUACUUGCACUUUGUUUUGUAGCCUCCCUUGGUCUAAGUUGUUCACAGACUUUAAGGAACCACUUGGAUCUGGGAUGUGUGGAAGAUGUGACAAUCAACCACCACACUUCCUUUUGUUUGGAUUAUUCCAGCUCUGCAGCUUUUCUUCCCUUGGAGAAUGAGAUAAUUAUAUUAUUUAUAAGUAUGUUAUUAAUCUGCUUAAUUAUUCUCUUUUAGUUAUUUAUUUCCUGCUCUCUCAGGAUGUUAACAUCAGUCUUUUAUUUAUUCUGAAGAAGAAAAAUGUCCUGAUCUUGGGUUUUAACCUUAUAAAAUCCCUGCCUUUCCUCACAGCUCUCUAGCGACCAAAGAUAGAGCACAAAUAUCAUUACUCCAUAUGGACCAGAUGGACCUUGUGCAGUGUUGAAGAUAGAAGGAAAUUCAAUUGUAGUGUGUAUUUCGGGUCUGUUCUACCACAGAAUGAUCUAGAUCACUCCAGCAGUAGCUUCAGCAGCUCUUUCUUGCUGCUCAGAGCAGGACCUUCCUAAACUCCCUGUUUCAGAACUCAUUCCUUGUUAGGAACUUUGCUGUUAGGUUUUCAAGCAGCAUAAUUACAACUUUCUUAUAUAUCCCCCCAGAGCUGUCACUGCCUCCCAGUGCCACAUUUAUUUCUUCCAGCAAACAAUAUUGCUUGCUACCUGUCACUGUCAUUAAGCUCCAGAUUAUUGGGUACGAUAUAUGGAGAUGCAUUUAAAACCCUACUGGGAAAGUUGCUCUCAAGACAGACCACUGCUACAAUCUUCUGCUCACCUGAUUUAAAUGUAUUUCAUUGCCUUACUGAAAAACUAAAGUUGUUUGAGAUAGGCUUUAAUGAGGUUUAAACUCUUUUUCACAUAAAAAAGAAACCCUAUUCUGGCUGCAAGGACCAAAGUUGCCCUUUCUCUUGUUCUUAUGUGUUCCUUUGCCUUCUGUGUGACUCCAGUUAAGGAAACCUGCAUUUAUUUUGCUGUGUUAAUGGCUCUGCAAGCAGAUUGCACUCAUUAAAGGGUCAGAUCAGAUUCCCAUCACAGAGCAGGAUGGAAGCACUGGGGAAGUUGCACUGCAGUCACAGUUGUGUUCACUAUAGCUCACAUGAAAUUGUCUUCUGGGCUGUUUCUUUCUCAGGGGAAAUCUUUGAAACCUUUCUGGACAACCUGAGCAUGUUUCAAUGCUCCUGCAGUGCAUUGUAGUUCUUGUCAGCUCUGCAUUACUUUCCUGACUACAGAUGCUGCCCGACUGGAACACCACAGGCUUUUCUCAUCCUUUAUUUGUGUCCAUUCUCCCUCACCUUAUAAGCACCCUCUUCUUUCUGCUGCUGUUGCACACAAACUAAAGGAUCCACUGAAACUCUUUGCUUGAACAAGAACUUUUUGUCUUCAGCCAGAGAUUCGUUAAGGCAGAGCUGUAGGGUGAGAUGUAUAGAAACCUACACCUUAACACCACCUUUUGUAAUUCAGUGCCUUGUCUUUGCAUCUGCCUAUUCCCUCAUUCUGAGGUGCUUUUUUCUUUCCAGAGCAUGUUUGCUUUUGAUAAGGCAGCAGGAAGCUUCCUGCUUCUCAUGGGUUGACAGCACUUCAUUUUCAAGGUGAGAAUCAGCUUUCCACAUCAUUCAGUGCCAUUGGAAGCAUAGGACUGGAAAUGGGAGUCCCAGACUGCUCCAUAAUGGUGAUCUCCACGUAGCAGAAGUGAAAGCAAACUGGCAUUGAUACAGAUCUCAGUAGCUUUGAAUAAAACAAAGUUUGAUAUGCAGUCUGCAGAGGAGACCAGAUCUGGAUCCCAUCUCAAAUCCAUGCUGUUCACAUCUAGUGGUAAGUUUCAAGUCAUAAGAGAGGAUCUCUUUUUUUCCCUUUGGAGAAAUAAGCUCAACGUUUGUUUUCUGGAGCUUUUAAUUAAAACUCAUCACGCUGUGAUGAAUUCCUUGAAAAAAAUGUUAACAGGCUCUUAAUCCGCAUCAGGGAAGAGAGAAACAGACAGCUUUCCAUUUCAGUGGAUUAUUGGAUUAGGAAAGGACACUGAUUCCACUGAGAGCAGCUCUGUGAUCCGCAGCAGCAGAAAUGCCAUCGUUUGCAUGUAGCAGUUGUUGAGAACCUGUAUCCAAUCCCCACCACGCUGUGCAGCCCACGAGCAGCAGGUUGGACUUGUAGUGCUAAUGGCUCUGGCAUUGCAGAGUGUAUUUAACUGGUUUUAACAUGAAGAUGGAUAUCCUAGUUGGAACAGAGCGAGGUUCCUGGCAUGGUACGACCCCAGCAUCCAUGGUGUGAAUGGAUGUAGUUGUUCCCUGUUAGUGUUAUAAAGCUUUAAAUGGCGUGAUGAACCACAGGACGUGCUUGUCUUGAGUUCAGAACAUGGGUGUUGUGUAACACGUCCUUGUUAACAUUUUGAGAUCCUGGGUGUGAUGGUUUAGUUAGGAAAUAGCCACAUCUACAGACUGCAAAACCUCUUUUCCUCUUUUCAUCCCCUGCAGUUGAAGCAGCAGAAAAGACACCUUUUAAACUGGCUCUGAAGGAGGGGUAGGAGCUGGGCAUGGGGGGAGGAGGCUGCAUCUCUCUGGGUGAGUAGCAUAGGAUUCACUAAGUCUGUAAAGCAAGGUGUAUACUUUUUUGGUUUUUUUAAUGUAUUAACUAUUGUAAAUUUGUAAAUACCUUUUUUAAUAUAAAUGUAGUUUUUAUGCGUGAACCAGUAAAAAAAAUAAUGAAGCAUAUGGAAGAUC